CGGGUUGUAAGCAAUUACUCAGGUUGACACUUGUUUUCUGAUAAGCUAUGGUAUCAUUCCAGUUUGCAGACAGUGUAUGGGGAUCUCUUACUAUUGGAUCUUCCGGCGGCGUGUGAUUUACGAAUUGAAGAGAAGCUAUGGCGCAACGCCAUAUAUCCUGUGAUUGAAGAUAUCAGAGGGAAAAUUCGAAAGAAUAAGAGCAAGGAAAAGCUCACUAAAUUGGAGCAACAGUUGGCAUCUAAAAUUCGACAGUCAUCUCGUUUUUAUCGUAAGAUCAACUCUAGUAUAAGGCAAGAUUAUCAUAUCGACACUGCUACAAUUGGCAUCCAUUUAUUCCGCAACGAUAGCAACUCAAAUGAUAUACAGUUGAGGGUUGCCAAAGUUUUGCAACAUAACUUCAUUUGCAUGGGUGACUUGGAGAGAUACAACGCAGUAAUUACAACAGGAGAUGCACCAGAAAAUCCGGCAGAGAGAUCUUACCUUGCCAAGACCAUGUACCUUAAAGCCAUUGACAUAUAUCGGUCCAAUGGCAAGCCCUAUUCACAGCUUGCUCUAAUUUCGAUAAAUGGAGGUAGCGCAAUCGAUGUCGUAUGGUAUUACUGCAUGAGUCUGGCCAUGAAAGAACCUGCUGCGAUAGCCUUUGACAAUCUCAAGUCUUUUUACUCCAAAGUGCGAUUUUCGUCAACGGUAGCAGAAUCUACCAACAGCCCUAAAUCAGCCGAUUUACGUGCAGCAGCCAGGAAGCAGGUUGCAAGGGCUGUGGAGAAAUUCUUAACUUUCCAACGAGAAGUCAUGUAUAGUAAUGGCAGUUCUGCUGAAUUUCCAUCGCUCGGCUCAGGAGCCGCUUCCGGUGGGUCUGAGAGUUGGCAAGUGGCCAUGGAGCAAGCAACCAGAACAAUUUUUCAGACUAUCAAAGAAGAUCCUGAUCAGGCUUCCUCUUUGCUCAAACUAUUACGCAGCACCUUAAUGAGAGUAACCAUUAUUUUGAUCACCACCAUUUGGUAUUUGGGACGUCAGCAAAAGGGUAACGUCGCCUCACCUCCGAUUUUGAUUUUCUGUUUUUUAAAAAGUUAACGCUGAAACGUGGAUCUUGCAUAGGUCAAGAAGAGAUUUCUGAUAUACAAGUAAUCCAGCGAAAAGCUCUCAUUCAGGGAUGUCUUUUACAUACUGGCAUAAAUAAGGCGAUCCAGGAUAUUCUACUGUCGCAGGACCAAGCCAGAGACAACAUUGU